AAAUAAUGUCACUGUAAUAAUAGAGGGCUCGUGUAGCUGACAAUUGUCUUUUAUUUUCUCCCCAAGGGAGUAGCGACACGCACAGCCACCCAGUUUGGUGCUGGGCUCAACGUGAUUGCAAAGAUAAACAAUGUGCUGGUAGUUGGACAUAAACAGACCGCUACUCUCUAAUUCCAUUGUCAGAAGAGACAGAUAAUUAUCACGUUUUGGGAGGGGGACUCGGAGGGAUUAAUUCUUUUUUAGCAAAUUGCGCCAAAUUGCACUGCUGUUAUCAAUCAAACUGUACCAUUAGAAACGAUGGAGGAAAUGUCUUGUGAACUGGGGGACAUUAACACAGAGCAGGUUCUGACAUACCGCGGUUCACCCGCCAGAUAGCAAUGGAGCCAGUUCAAGCAGAGGGCCGAGUAUGUGGAAAUGACCUGUUUAAAACUUUGCCGCCACCGAUUCAAUACCAACGUUAAUGAACAAGCAGGAUACAGAAUAUCAAUUUAAAGGCACAAUUUGAAAAGGACAGACGAUGAUGUCUUGCCGCAGUCCAACAUGAGUGAGCUUCGAGAAUGAACGCGAAAGCGGUCAGAUGAAAAUCCUGCAGGAAGUGAGUGUGAUUUAUUAAAUCCAUCCUUACUGACGAAAACUGGGAAAAUGCCCGCGGGAAUAAACAGAGGGGAAUCUCGGUCGACCAGCUCCCUGCCUCCAGAUCCCAUGGAGAUCAUCAGGAGCAAGGCUUGUUCCAGAAGAGUCAAGCUCAAUGUUGGGGGACUUGCACAUGAAGUACUUUGGAGAACUUUGGACCGGUUACCCCGGACUCGACUGGGCAAGCUUCGAGAUUGCAAUACUCAUGAGUCCCUUAUGGAGAGCUGUGAUGAUUACAAUUUGGAGGGAAACGAAUACUUUUUUGACCGUCACCCCGGAGCUUUUACAUCUAUUUUGAAUUUUUAUCGCACGGGCAAGUUGCAUAUGAUGGAAGAGAUGUGCGCGCUGUCCUUCAGUCAGGAGCUUGACUACUGGGGAAUAGACGAGAUCUAUCUGGAGUCCUGCUGUCAGGCCAGGUAUCAUCAGAAAAAGGAGCAAAUGAACGAGGAACUGAAACGAGAAGCUGAAACAAUGAGGGAUAGAGAGGGAGAAGAGUUUGAUAACACCUUUUGUGCAGAGAAAAGGAAGAAAUUAUGGGACCUUUUAGAGAAACCCAGUUCCUCGGUGGCUGCCAAGACCUUGGCAAUAAUAUCUAUACUUUUCAUUGUAUUAUCAACAAUUGCUUUGUCACUUAAUACACUUCCUGAACUACAAGACAAGGAUGAAUUUGGACAGUUCACGGACAACCCACAGUUGGCUCAUGUAGAAGCAGUGUGCAUUGCAUGGUUCACCAUGGAGUAUCUGUUGCGUUUCUUGUCAUCACCAAACAAAUGGAAAUUCUUUAAAGGUCCACUGAAUGUCAUUGAUUUGUUAGCCAUUUUGCCAUAUUAUGUCACUAUAUUUCUCACAGAAUCCAACAAAAGUGUGCUUCAAUUCCAGAAUGUCAGAAGAGUGGUUCAGAUUUUCCGGAUAAUGAGGAUACUGCGAAUUCUCAAACUAGCCAGGCAUUCAACAGGCUUGCAGUCUCUGGGAUUCACACUCAGACGAAGUUAUAAUGAACUUGGACUGCUGAUUUUGUUCCUGGCCAUGGGCAUAAUGAUCUUUUCAAGUUUGGUAUUUUUUGCUGAAAAGGAUGAAGAUGACACUAAAUUCAAGAGUAUUCCUGCUUCUUUCUGGUGGGCCACUAUUACUAUGACAACUGUUGGCUACGGUGAUAUCUAUCCCAAAACCUUAUUGGGCAAGAUAGUUGGUGGACUAUGUUGUAUUGCAGGUGUGUUAGUGAUUGCUCUCCCCAUCCCAAUUAUUGUGAAUAACUUCUCAGAGUUCUACAAGGAACAGAAAAGACAGGAAAAAGCAAUAAAACGAAGAGAGGCACUUGAGCGGGCCAAGAGAAAUGGAAGUAUUGUCUCGAUGAAUAUGAAAGAUGCUUUUGCUCGCAGCAUAGAACUAAUGGAUAUUGUUGUUGAGAAAAAUGGAGAAAAUAUGGGUAAAAGUGAAAAACUACAGGACAGUAGUCUGUCACCCAACAAGUGGAAAUGGGGAAAACGGUCUGUGUCUGAGACCAGCUCUAACAAAUCUCCUGAAGCUAAACACAAAGAACAAAGCUCUCCCGGAAAUGCUCGCAGCCCACACAUUACCCCACAACACCUAAAUGUACAGAAAUUGGAGGACAUGUACAGUAAAAUGGCAAAGACACAAUCACAGCCCAAUAUGAACAUAAGUCAAAUGGGUCAGAUGUAUAAGGUGAAAAAGCAAAAUCAAAUAGAGAUGGAGAAAGUAUCUGGUCCCUCUGAUCCAUUAUUAAAUACACCAGAUGGAAUACUAGAUAUGAGGAGUCUGUCUAGCAUAGACAGUUUUAUUAGCUGUGCUACAGAGUUUCCAGAUGCUGGGAAGUUUACUCACAGUCCUACAGUAAUGCUCCCCAGUAAAGUAUGUGAGAAUCCAGGUUGUGAAAACAUUCAGGAUAAAGAAUCACCAAUCCUGCCAGCUGAUAAUGCACAGAGCAUGCAAUCUGUCACAAAACUAGCUGGCAGUUACAAUAAGAACCUCUUGGGCAUCAAUACCAAUAACUCUGCUUACAACUCUGCAGUAGAUAAACACAACACCAUCUUUACAGAAAAUGCUAAAGCCACAUCCAGACAGGGCAACCCCAUAAAAUCUAGAUCUCUCAAAGUAAACUUUAUGGAAAGUGAUAUCAAUCCUGUUCACAACACGAAUAUAGCAGCUCUGUCAACAAUGGUGGACCCUAUUGUGGGUGGAUCUCAGAGCAUCACUGGUCCUAUGGAUGGCCCAUUGAAUACAGAGAGAUAUCUACCUGGCAUAGAAGCUUCAACAGCUUGUUCUUCAUCUGGAAUGAAACCUCCAGAAAACAUUGCGCCAGUGACUUUUACUUUCCAUGACGAUGGAGUGAAGAAAUACAUUGACGCAGAUAGUGAUGAAGAAGAUCAAUCACUGGAUGGAAGGAACCCAUCUGGACCAACAGAUCUCAUCUACCAUACCAUCAACAGCGACUGUCCAAGUAAGAAGGAUGCUGUCUCCCGACAGGGUGGAAAUUAUUUAGAAGAUUCUGGUGUGGCUUCUUCAGCAAAACAUUUUGGACAAAAUUGCAUGUACAGUUUGGAAGGCGUAAUGGAUAGAGUUAAGAAAAGUGGGACCCAAGAAGGUAACAAGUUAGACAACCACAUCUCACCAGAGAUUCAUGUGACAUAUGGUGAAAGUGGCUGUUCCACUGUAUAUGAUGACAACAUCUGAAGUUUGGAUCUGCCAGGCUGUUGUCUAAGCUGGAAUUGUGAAAUGAAAUUGUAUACCCUCUAAAAAAUAAGAGCUUUGUAUUUUUUGCAUGGCAUGGAAAACUAUUUCAAAUGAGCCAGUGUUACCUUUAAAGGAAAGUUUAAUGGAAGGGAACCUGAGAACAUUGACUAAAAUGUAAAGGUCCUGUCCAUCGAACAUUAGCACUGAAGAACAGAAAAACAAUCUGCAAAGUACUGUUAACUCAUACUAUCAGAAUUUUAUCACAUUAUUCUUUUUUGUUCCUGAAUCCCUUCUAUCUUUCCAAUAGCUAUGGAAGAAUACAAAGUCUGACCACACAGUUUAAGUAUAAAGAUCUCUCAGAGACAUGCAGAAAGUAUUUGUUUGCAAAUGAAAGAAUGUUUCAGAAAUACAUUCUGAAUCAUAGAGAUAUCCUUUGAAGGGCACUGCCUGGAAUUCAUUUCAAGAUUCUGGUUGCAUAACUGAACCACAUUGGAUACCAUUAUUGUAUCAUAUGAUUUGUCUAAUGGAUACAAAUAAUCUUUAAAGCAAAGAAGGAAGAUGCUUCCACUACAAAUGUGCUUACUUUAGUUCAGAUUAGGCUCUUUUGGUUGUGGAACUGUAGUACAUUAUUUGCUCAAUUUCCUUAAUUAACCCUUUAAGGAAUGCAUCAACAUUUCUGCACCAGAAUUAAUAAUGUUGCGUGAUUUUUUAAAAUGGUAGUUUAUUCCAAAAAUAGUGCAUAUUAAGAACUAUUCUUCACUUCCAUGUAUUUCUUUAUUCAUGGUUUUUAGCUAACAGUUAGCUUUAAAAACUGACUAAAGUCAAUAUUGUAGAUGUCAUGCAAAGUAAAAAUGUAUUUUUGAAGCCGAAGAAUUCUUUAAAUAUUCAAAUAUUACAACAUGGGUCCUAAAUUAUUAAUCAGGAAAAUAAAAUGUUUGUGGUGUGGGGUUGGGGGGGUGAGUUGCACCAGUUAAAAGACUUAUAUUAAACCGCCUAUGCCAUCAUGGAACUUCACUAUCAAAUUGAUAGGAUCCAGUGCAGUGAUUGGAAUUGUCUUCAUACAUAUGAAGUAGAUUUAUGUAUCUAUCAAAUAAGAAAAAAUUCUGCUAUGAAAGUUCUAACUACCUGUAACAAAACAAAUCCAACGUUACCAUUUUUGUUAAUGUUAUUAUUGCUGCUAGAUUGUUUUCUAGAGAUGAAGUAUAUGCAUAAAUGUGUCUCAUUCUGAAUAGCUAAGCAUAAUGCCCAUGUAGAAAUGCCUUCAUAGCUUUGACAUAACUGUAUUGUAAACUAGGCUGAAGUUCUUCUUGGAAAGUACAAAAUACCAUAUAAAAUUUCAUAUAGGUUUCCAUGUAAAGAAUAUAAUCAUGGACUUUAUUUUCAAAGUAUAAUACCAAAUCAAUCUUAGCAAGUUUACCAGAUUUAAAGUUUACAGUUUUAAAUGAAAGAUUUAUUUUUAACAAUGGAAUAAUGCUUAUUUUUUCAUUCUGGCUGGUAAAGAAAGUAUAGAUAUAAAUGAUUAAACACUCGCACUUUGAAAAUGUUAAAGUUUUAUUUUUGGUACAGUAAUCUUGUUGCAAAAUAUUGUCUUCAGUUCUAAACAUUUACCAUAAUGGAAUUAAAGAGUCCUUUGAAUUUCAAAAACAUACAGCACGGAGGAGAACUGUUUGGCCCACUGUACCUCUGCUGGCUCUUUCACAGAGCAGUUAUAAGUGUAACAGUAUGAAAGUCACCUCUACAACAAAGAUCAGUCCAAGCUCAUAGGACAUUUAAAUGUUGGUUUCCUGCAAAGCUAAAAGAGAUUACACAUAUAAUAGUUUCAUCUAACCUCAACACAAAGCAAAAUUAGUAUGGAGAAGAAAACCACAAAUACAUUUCCGAUUUUCAUUUCUCAAACAUGCCCAUGUGUUACUUGAUAUGUAUUUGUCAUGCAUUGAUAAUAUAUAAACAUCCAAGUGGUUGUUUACAUAUUAUAUAAAACUAUUGUCUGGAAUGUGGUAUUCAAUUGUAUAUAGUAACUGUUUCAAAAGAUUGAUAGUAUAAUUAUUUUUUUCUUAAAUUACUAUCAUAUCAGUAUGGAAUAUAUAAUUCUGUUCAUCUGCUAACAGGCCCUGCUGCUGAGAUGUGGACUCUUCAUUAAUUCUAAUCAAUGUGUCACCAUUCCGCACAUGGAACUUAAAGACUCUCAGUAAUUGGUAUUAGAUACCAGUUGUACCAAUCACAAAUGGAAUUGCAGAUAAAGGAAUACAAUAAUAGGAAUUUUGACUUGUUUAUUCUCAUGAAAUUUGUCAAAAGAUACAAAUUAUGUUAAAUGUGAGUCCUACUGGUGCAACUCGCCCUUGAAACAAAUUAGUUUGCUGUCUUUCAAAAGCGAAGAGAACUCCAUCCACUUGCCAACACUCACUUGGAAAACUACUCUUUCUGCAAUUUGCUUUGCUUAGAAUUGAAUUGUUCUGUUGGGCACUUGGAAUCUAUGUCCCUGUUUCAAUGAAUUUAUUAAGUAUUUUGUACAUUUACUUAACAUCACUACUAUUUCCCUUUUUAUUGUCAAGACCUGUUGCUGAUGGGAAACUUUAAAAUCUGGAACAGUCAAACAAUAUCCCUCAUUCUACUAAUGAUAACAAAUGUUUUGCAAAGUAAAGAAAUUCUGGAGAAAAGAAUGCAUGCCUAAUGUCCGUACAAAUAAUUUAUUCCAAUCUAUUUAACCAAAUUCCACAACCUAAUGACUCGAGCAGGAUUUCACAAUGCUGCACUGCUCUUAUUCUGCUGAAGUUCACUGAGAAAUCUACUGAAAGAGACAGCAAUAAAAAAAUGAAGAAAAUCCAAGUACUGUGUAGUGUACCAGGCCAUUUGAAAGAUUUAAUUCAAACACAGAAUGAUUUUAUGAAAGUGGUAAAAAUGCUAAUCAUGUCCUGAAAUAUCACAGCAAGCAACUUAAUUACAUUUUGUUUUGCCUAUUAUUCAGUUUUAAGACUGUGAUUAAUGGAUUUUUGUUGGGCAUACGGAGCAAAGUGGACAAGUGAGUUUGAGGUGCAGAUUAGUUAUGAUCCAGUUGAACGGCGGAAAAUCUUAAAGGUGCUGAACAUCUUUCUCCUGCUUUGAUGUUCCUAUUUUUCCAGUAACAGAUUUUUUUUAAAACAGCCAGUAUACAACUGAUAUGUUAGGUCUCUCAGAGUUCCUGAGUGAAAGCACAAUUGAAAAUAGUCAAUAGUAUGGAAUUGAAUGGAUAAAAUGCAAUUAGGAAAGAGUGAAUUGUCCAAAAGGUUGUCAUUACUAGAUGAUUACACUUAAGACAGAUCAUGUUAGGACAAUAGUGGUAAAUCUCUCUUGUGCCUUGUCUUGGAAGCACCUUGUACAAGAUAAAAUGUCUGUUGUCUCUGCUUUGAAUGCAAGAGCUCCAGAUAAAAUACAUUAGCUAGUGAAGAAAGAGCAGCAAUCCCAAUUAAUUAAUGUUCCAUACCUAAGAACACAAGCGUGCAAACUACUGCCUGGUGGCUGCAAAUGGGUUAAGGUCUCAUUGUAUUCAGGAUAACAAUUACCACUUGCUAGCUUAUUCAUAUGAUGAUCUUCUGAUACACCACAACUUGUAAAAUGUAUUCUCAGCUGCAAAACCUUAGUUUGCUGUUUAUUAAAAUAUAUGUAACACAUAGCUGUGACUUUAAAGAAUAAUAUCACAAAUUGGUACAGCUCAUAUUUACAGCACACAGCCAAGGCAGUGGAAAUCAUUGUAAGUAAGAAGUAGUGAAGCAUUUUAUUUUCAAGUGCAGACGUUUGGAUUACCUCUGCAUUUUCACAUUCGCCAUCUUCUUGGCUCUAUGAGUAUCAGAUGUAUGGAGUGGUCACAUGACCUGCAUGUGUUGCAGAAUAGUCUAUUUUUCUGUUCAAAUAAACAUUAUCAGUAUUUUAGCAAAAUUUAUAUAAGGGCAACUAAGUAAAACAAAAUUAUGUUUUGUAUCAUGAAUUACUGAGUUAGAAGCAAAAAAAAUCUUUUGUUAAAUUAUGUAAGUAAAUUAAUUUCUUAGAGUACUGUUUGAGAGAGAAUUGUUAAUUGAUUUUCACAACUGACUGCAUGCUGGCUAAAGGUCACCAAAUCUAUUAGAUGUCAUGUAGUUGAUGUUAUCAUAUAACAACCUGUUUUCUAUGGAUGCGGAAAGGGUAAAAGAACACAACACAGCUCUCUUGCCAGCAGAGAGACUGUGUGGCAUGAUAAUGAAGAAAUCAAAAGGUAGCAGGUCUGACUGCUGAAAUAAUGUGAGAGAAACAAGCUUUCUUGAGCUGCAAUACACAGCAUAUUUCCAUAAAUACCAAGCUCAUUCUUUUUUUUCAAAUCUAUUGACUUUUCAAGGGAAAACAUAUAGUUAAUACAAAAUCAAAUGUCUUUAUAUAAAAUUACGUUUUUUGCUCUCAUAAUCCUUGACAUUAAAAUUUGUCUUUGCAGCAGCUGUCAACUACUUCCAAGAGGAAUCAGUUGUUCCUUCAAAGGUUUUUCACUUUUGUCUCAUGACUCCAUUUCUUUUUUAAGUUACCAUAAACAUGACCUGCACAACAAUGGCUAUUCAGCUUGUUUGUCACAAGCAAGGUAUCCACCUACCUAAUCAAUUCCCAGCUAAGAAGCUUGGCAUAAUAAUUUAUACAAUAGAGGCCAUCAACAAUGCUCAUAUGUUGGCUAUCCCUUCCAUGAGACCAGCAUAUUGCACAAGAAAGAUAAGACCUACACUUCUGACAAACAAAGUCAGGAUAAUUCCCACAAUGUAGAACACAAGUGGAAAGUUACAGACCUACCAAGCUAUUUGGAACUGCAUGAUUGUUAUAUGAAUCUGAACCUCAAACCAAUGUUACAUAAUUGGUGCCAGAGCAAAAUUGUUAAAAAUGUGAGAAAGUUCACCUCAUGGUAAUUCUCUUGAGGCAUCAUUUUUAAUGUAAGAUUUUCUGAUUUGUUCCAUUCAUACUUUAUGCCGAUUGCAAAGCAAUGCCAAUUUAUCAGCCUUUGUCAGAACUAAAUGAUGAAAUGGCUGCAAUUAAUUUUAAAAUGCUCACAUUAUUUCAAUAAAUACUGUGACAUUCUACAGUGGUUCUGUAACACCAAACUGUGCUGAUGUAAUCACAUAAAAAUAAACUGGGACUGUUUGGAAACCAACGAGCCUCAAAUUUAUAAACAAUGAAUAGCAAUACUAUAAAAUAUUUGGGGACUUGGUAUCCAUGGUUACAUGCAACUUUGCAGUUUUGAGUGAAAGAGAGUUUCUUCACCUUUUCCAUUGACACCUCAGACUAGAUGUUUGGUUUUGACCUGUAUAUAUCUAUCUGUCAUAGAGUUAUCAUUGUCAGUAGUUCUUUGGCAUCCAUAAGAAAAAUGACUGUUUCUGCUGGUUAUGUUUAUGUAGACAAAUGACACUCAAAAAAGGCAUUAUUUUUUCUUAGUGAAUGAAUUCAUGUUGUUCUAUCUGUUUUCUCACAUGGUAUUCGCAAACAGUGAGACUGAAUCUCCUGAUGCCAGUGUUAUCUGGACUGCAAAGCUUAUUCAAUAUUGUGAGUGGUAAAUUGCAAAUUAUUCAAUCUAAACAGUCUUUACUUCAUAUCAUAUCACUUUUACAUUUGAUCUAUGGUCAGACAUAUCCCAUUUUUGACCAUAAGCAUGACAUUCUAAUAAACUAUGAAGGAAUUUGCCUUUUUCAGCAAAGGGCAAUCUAUAUUACAUUUCAAUAUUUCAUCAAACUAAAACCGGAUUUACCUACCACCAGACUGAAUAAUCAUUGCUGUCCUAUCAAGAGUUGAAAGACUUGACAUUAUAAUUUCUGAAUCAGUCACUGUUAAUUGUAUCUCCUAAAGUUAUGUUUUAGUUGUAAAUUUUAUUACAUAAGUCUUUUAAUUGUUGUGUUUUAUGAUUUAAUAACUGUUUCUGUGAAAAUCAGUGUCUCUGUAUGCAUGUAGUGGUAUGGAACUGUGAUAUCCGUGUGACACUACAAUACUGUACUUGUCUGAUAAACUAUGUCAAAACGUCUAAGGAUUUUAAAGCAAUGUUCCCCACUGCAUACUGUUCCAAAAGUAAAUUAAGGGUAUGUAUAAAAUGUAAGUCUAUGUGGUCUUUUUAGUCAAAAUUCAUGCACUGGUGAAAAUAGUCCAUUUAAGUAGAUACCUGACAUUUAUGAUAAAUUUUACUGAUAACUCAAAGAAGUAAAUAAAAUUGUUCGGAAGAUAUCUUUUGAGCUUUAUUAAUAGGGAAAAAGGUGGAUACAUUAUUAGUGUGCUCAAGAAAUACAAAUCUGAGAUAGACCAACAUUACACACAUUACUAUAACUAUACCACAAUCAUAUCUCAUGGUUGUUGCAGAGUAAGUCCUUUCAUUAUGCAGUAAUUUAUUUAUAAACUUAUUGAUUAUUUAGUAGCUUCAUGAAAUACAUUAUAAAUUAAUAAGCAAAGAAGUCAGUGUUAAACCCUGUCUUUUACUGUUGGAUCUGAAUGGAGCAUUAACGUUUAUUGUGCUGAAUAAACAGGUAUCAUUCUAUUCACAUAAUAAACAGUAGCAUGUAUUUUCUGAUUGUUGGCAGUAUUGGUCUUUUCAAAGCAGAAAGAACAAGGUGAAAGCUUUUCUUUAAAAUUACAAUUUUAAUCAGGUCCCAGCCUUUACAAAAGGAACAUGACAUAUUCUUAAUUUAACUUUAUAAAA